UCCUCGGGCCCUUCCUCGGGUCUCGACACCUGCGGAGCUGAGCUAUUACUCUCCACAGUCUCCCGUACUUACAUAGGUAGAUCACAGCCGUCGGUCGGCAUGUCCUUCCUUCAGAGGACGCUGUUUGCCACCCCACGGGCAGUAGCAGCGAGGCCUCAGUUCCGGAGAUCAGCGCUGCCUGUCAUCAUCAAGCCGUCCCUCCGAUGGGCAUCUACCAUGGCUCCCAAGCUCAGGGACCCUUCCCUCUUCAAACAAGACGUGUGCUACGUCAACGGCGAGUGGGUGAAGGCCAGGUCGGCCAAGACUUUUGAGGUCCACGACCCGGCCACCGGCCAACUCAUCGGAACUUGCCCCGAGUUUGACGCCCAGGACACAGAAAAGGCCAUUGCAGCGGCCGCGGCCGCGUUUGAGGAGUUCCGCCACAAGACGGGCCGCGAACGGUCCAAGCUGCUCCGGAAAUGGUACGAUCUCGUAGUCGAGAACGCCGACGACCUUGCGACGCUCAUCAGCUGGGAGAACGGCAAGCCGACGGCUGACGCCAAGGGCGAGGUGACGUACGCGGCCAACUUCUUCGAGUGGUUCAGCGAGGAGGCGCCGCGCAUCUACGGUGACACGAUUCCCUCGUCAGUACCGGGCAACCGCGUCUUUACCAUCAAGGAGCCCGUCGGCGUCUGCGGGCUCAUCACGCCGUGGAACUUCCCCGCCGCCAUGAUCACGCGCAAGGUCGGCCCCGCCCUGGCUGUGGGCUGCACCGUGGUGUGCAAGGCCCCCGGCGAGACGCCUUACACGCCCCUCGCCCUUGCCGAGCUCGCCCACCGCGCCGGUAUCCCGAAGGGCGUGGUCAACGUCAUCACCGCCCUCGGCAACACGCCCGAGGUGGGCGAGGUUCUGACGACCAACCCGACCGUCCGCAAGGUCUCCUUCACCGGCUCGACCCCGGUCGGCAAGCUGCUGAUGAAGCAGUGCUCGGGCACGCUCAAGAAGCUCUCGCUCGAGCUGGGCGGCAACGCGCCCUUCAUCGUCUUUGACGACGCCGACGUCGACCAGGCCGUCGCGGGCGCCGUCGCCUCCAAGUUCCGCUCGUCGGGCCAGACGUGCGUGUGCGCCAACCGCAUCUUUGUGCAGCGCGGCAUCUACGACGAGUUCGCGACCAAGUUCGCCGCCAAGGUCGCCACCUUCUCGGUCGGCAACCCCUUCGACACCGGCGUCACCCACGGGCCAUUGAUACACUCCAGGGCCAUCGACAAGGUCGAGCAGCACGUGCGGGACGCCCAGCAAAAGGGGGCCCGGGUCCUCCUCGGCGGGCACCGCCUGCCCGACCUGGGCGCCAACUUCUACCAGCCGACCGUGCUCGUCGACAUGACGACGGACAUGGCCAUGGCAUCCGAGGAGACGUUCGGCCCCGUCGCCGGCCUCUUCCCCUUCGACACCGAGGAGGAAGUCGUGCGGAUCGCCAACUCUACCCCCGUCGGGCUGGCGGGUUACUUUUUCUCGCGCGACCUGGAGCGCGUCCACCGCGUGGCCGAGCAUCUCGAGGUGGGCAUGGUGGGCGUCAAUACCGGCUUGAUCUCGGACCCGGCGGCGCCGUUCGGCGGGGUCAAGGAGAGCGGGUUCGGCCGGGAGGGUUCCAUGUACGGGAUUGGGGAGUAUCAGGUCACCAAGAUGGUCACGUACGGGGGGAUGGGGAAGAAGCUGCAGAGCUGAGGAGGUGGGCUGCCCUAAACGGCUUACGCGGAGAGCAAGAUGCUCGAUCGGUUAAGGAUGAUGAUGAUUUGACGGCUCACUCUUA